GUAGAUUUUGAAAUGUUUGUAUUUAAUUAUUAAUUGACUUUUUCAAAAUUAAAUUUAUUGCGCAAAGUCAAUUGACUUCAAAAGCUGUGAACAUUGUUAAAUUAAGUUUUUGUCAAUAAUUAAAAAAGAAUAAAUGUGGAGUGAAAGAAAAAGUUAUUUUUAAAUCAACAAUUGAUCCGUGACAAUAUUGUUAUCAAAAACUAGUUUUUGCCGUAAAUCUCAAAAUAGCUUGUGAUCAAAAAUGUUCAAAUAUAUUCAAAUAGUUAACUUUAUUUUCUUGUUUGGCAUCGGCUUAAUUGAUUCAGAAUUAAAAUGCAAUUUUCGAGAAUUUCACGAUGCGUCAUCAAUUUACACUUGUGAACUAGUCUCGAGUGCUGCAAUUAUUGAAAAUGGCCACAUGUCAGGAAAAACCGAUGCUGAUGUUCAGUCUUUUAAGUUCGACGGAUUCAAAACUAAUGAAUUGUUUGAUGUUAAGCUGCCUUUUUGCAAGAAUUAUAAAAAUUUGGAAAUUGUGAAGUUAUUCAGUGCUGGAAUUGCUGACUUGAACCAAAAUUUAUUCUUUGAUUGUGAAAAUUUAAAGUUUUUGUCGCUAGCUUCAAAUAAAAUCAGCCAAGUUCCCGAACAUUUGUUUACAAGAAAUCUAAAAUUAACAACUUUGAGUCUUGAGCAGAAUGAGCUAACAUCCUUGCCUGAAAAUGUCUUUGCAAACCUCAAUGAACUUAGUGAUUUAAACCUCAGUAAAAAUAAAAUAAAAACUUUGCCUGUUAAUAUUUUCUCAUCCCUCGUGAAACUUCGUGUCUUAAAGCUGAAUUCCAAUAGAAUCCAAAAUGUCGUGCACAACUGGUUUAGAAAUCUUCAAAUGCUUGAGGAUUUAGACUUGUCUAAUAAUCUGAUAUCAAAUUUAGGCCAGAAAAACUUUCAAUUCCUCACAAAUUUGAUUUUUCUGCAAUUAAAUAACAAUAACAUUAAGGAACUGAGCGCAAAUGUCUUCUACAACUUGUUUAAACUGGAAGAAUUAAAUCUGGAUUUCAAUGAAAUUUCCAGUCCAUUUGCAGAAGCAUUCAAAGAUUUAAAAAACCUGAAGAAAUUGAGUAUUGGAGCAAACGGAAUCAUUGACCUUCCGGAAAAGAUUUUCAGCACUUUAAGUAAUUUAGACGAACUCAAAUUAUGGCAAAAUCAGCUAUCGACUAUCCAUUCAGAUUCAUUUGGAACUUAUAAUAAUCAGAUUCUUAUUGAUCUAGAGGACAACAAUAUUUAUGCUAUUGAUCCAUCACUAAUUGGUAAUUUAGAUAGCCUUAGACUUUAUAUGGACGGCAAUGUUUGUUAUCAAGGAGAUUUAGAAAAUAAAAGUGAGAUGUUGCAGGAGCUGAAUGAGUGUGUUGAGAAUUAUGAACCACGCCAAAGUGGAGUUGAAACUUCAACAUUUGGAUCAACAAGCAAACCAAAUACUAUUACUUAUACAUUUAAUACUAAAACCGAUUAUUUAACUUUUCCUCGGACGACCACAAUACGUGAAGCAACAUCAACUGAGACAACCUCCACUUUUAAGCCAAUAACGACUAGAAAAAUUCGAACAACAACUACAAGAAUAUUAACGACAACUAGAAAAGUAAAAACAACAACAAAAUUGCUACCAAGGCCUCCAUGGCCAUACCCAGUUACAACUCAUAAACCAACGACAACAACGACUUCAUUGUGGAAUUUACUUGAGCCGGAAAAUAUUCCAACUUGUGGACGAUCAAAACUUAAGCUAAGUGGCGAAUCUUCGGGAUCUCAAGUUCGUCAUGGGGCAUAUCCAUGGACUGCAGCUCUAAUUCGAAGAGAUGGACAGUUGUUUUGUGGAGGAAUUUUGGUGUCAAAGAGUUUAGUUGUUACAGCUGCUCACUGCAUCGAAGGCAAGCAAAGACUUUAUGUCUUUAAUAAUCAGGACUUCUUUGUCAUGCUUGGUGCACACAAUAUCAAACAAUCUUUUGAAAAAGGAAGAACUACAGUUAAUGUCAAAGCUAUUCAUGUCCAUGAUGACUGGAAUCCUUCUAUCGACCAAUAUGAUGCAGAUAUUGCCAUUAUUGAGCUAGAAGCUGAUGUCAUACUCAAUCGAUUUAUCCAACCAAUUUGUAUACCAGAAGCUGGUUCAAUUCCAGCAACUAAAAAUCAAGGAUUUGUUGUUGGAUUUGGUAAAAGUGAAUUUGCUGAUAUUCAAGAUGUGGCAAGGCUUGUUCAUACUCCAAUUCAUGACAACCGAAAGUGUCAUUCCAGUCAUGAUGCAUUUCAAUUACUUUUAAGUCAUCGAGGAUUUUGUGGUGGAUAUGCUAAUGGAACUGGAGUAUGUACUGGUGAUAGUGGCAGUGGAUUGAUUGUCGUUCAUAAUGGAGUUUUUUAUCUACGAGGAAUAGUGUCAGCAUCAUUAAACGGACCACUAAAUGGCUGCAACCUAAAAGCUUUUACGGUGUUCACUGACAUUUUAGAAUUUACAGGCUGGAUUAAAAUCGGAAAAGAUGACAAAACUUUGAUUCAAUAUCUGAUAGACAGGAUAAGGAAAUGCGAAGCUAAUAAAGGAACAACAGAAAGAAUGACGCAAAGCUCACAGCAAAAAAGAACAAAUGGAGAUGCUUGGAGAGUACGAUAUCCAAAUGAUUAAGUCAAGCUGCAUUUUCAUUAAAAAAAAAAUGUAAUUCUGAAUUUAAUACAACAUGAUUAAAAUGACGAAUUUUACAAUUUGAUGUAAUAACAAGAUUGAUUUUUUCUGGUAACAACAAUAC